UAUAUCUAAUGAUUAAAGAAUAUGACUAUUUGUUUAAGUUGGUGAUAGUAGGGAAUUCAGGAGUGGGGAAGUCAUCAUUGUUAUUGAGAUUUUCAGAUGACACGUUUAGCGAUUCUUAUUUAACAACAAUUGGAGUUGAUUUUAGAUUCAAGACUUUAGAAAUAGAGGGUAAGAAGGUAAAGUUAUAAAUUUGGGAUACAGCAGGAUAAGAAAGAUUUCGAACAAUAACAAGUGCUUAUUAUAAGGUAUUGAUAAAUUAGAAUGAAGGGUGCUGAUGGGAUUGUAAUGGUAUAUGAUGUGUCAUCAAUUGCAUCAUUUGAAGAUAUUGAUAGAUUUUGGAUUAAUGAAGUAGAUUAAUAUGCAGAGAAGAAUGUAGAACUAUUAUUAUUAGGAAAUAAGAGUGAUAUAGAGGAGAAAGCGUAUAUUAUUAUUUUUAGUAUGAUAGAGUUACAACUUAAAAAGCUUUAGAUUAUGCAGCAAUUAGAAAGAUGGCACAUAUGGAAGUAAGUGCCAAAACAGCAGAAUAUGUAUAGAAGGCUUUCAUUUCCCUUGCUAAAAAACUUAUUACAAAAAAGGAUUCGCAAGGACUGAAAGGUUAGGGGUAAUGAUAUUAUCAAUUAUUGUCUAGGCCUUAAAGAAGCCAAUAAACUUCAGGUUAGAGAAUUGGAUAACAAGCAGAUGAUGGUAAAAAAGAUAAGGAAAAGUGUUGUUGAAUAUAUUAAUA